UAAGAACAUUACAAAAUCAUAGGGAGUUAGGACGCAGCUGUGUUUUUUACUAGCUUUUUUCUGUACAAAUUUAUGGUUUUAAACUAGGCGGCUAAAGGUUAAUGUCAAUCAAAUUUAAGAAAAAGUCAAGGAUUGAUAGCUAUAUAUAUAUUCAAAAUUAACAUAUAUUAAAUAUGAGAAAACCUAGAUUCGGAUCUCGCUUUACUAAAGAAAGAUUUGUUCUUUACAUUGCAGUAGGAGUUGCUUUUAUGUCUAUUGCAAUCGCAAAUGCUACAACAAGUUGGUUGAAAAAGGAUUGGAAAAAGGAUGAUGUUUUCGGUGAUGAAUAUCAAGGUUUAUGGAAAAUAUGCUAUGACCAACCAAACCGAGGCUUGACUACUUCAUGUCAUGAAAGAAUUGGAGAUACUUUGCUACAUGUGGUGCGUACUGGUAUGUGUUUAUCAUUUUUGUUAUAUGCAGUUGUGCUCGGCUAUUUGAUUGCAAUGCAGUUUCGUUCUGAUCUGGCCAUCACACCUGUGGGAUUAACCUUAAUCGUAUCUGCUAUGUUUGCUCUCUUUGGAUUGACUUUUUUCAUCGCCACUGAAGAUAUUCCUCGAACACAUUGGCUUUUCACAAUAAAGUAUGGUUAUUCAUUUGGUUUCGGUUGGUUUGGUAUGCUGCUCUCGAUGAUUACAGGUCUCGUCUGCAUAUCUAUACCUAAAGUGGAAUAUUAAGCAAGUUCAAUCUGGCUCAUUAUUUGGUUGAGACAGCGAUUCAUUACCUUAUUACUUUAACUGUGAAUGUAUAUAUAGAGAGAGCAUAUUCUAUACCUUUGCCUGAUGACUUUGACCAUAUAAUUUGCAUCAACUUCAGAACCCACAAACAGUACUUUACUCACAAUGUGCACAUUUUAUAUAUCUACUUUGUCUCAUACCACUAGAUUCCUUUUGCUUUUGCUUUUGCUUGUGAUCUCCUCUCGUUAAAAUAUUCCAAGAUUUUUUAAAAACUUUGUAUUUUAUAAAGAUGCUCACAAUUGCGCUGUUUAGGUAGCAUUGGCGUCUUGUUAACCCAUAUGUACUUUUUUAUAUUUAUUUUGAUUUGGUGCAGGUGAAUUUUUCAUUAAUGUUGAUGUAAAAAUCAUCAGACAGAUGUAUGGCUGUCUUAACGCAUGCCCAAUAUGUCCAAUCUGUGAAUCAAAUUAAAGGAUUUAUUUGACAAAAAUUAAGCAAACGAAUGAGACAACAAUGAGGAAUGUUUCAGUUUUUGAUGUUUGUAUUCUACUUACGGAAAGCUGCUCUUAUUUGUUAUAUACAUUUGAAUGCGUCAAUUUAAACUAGUGUACAGCUUAUUAGCUUUGAUGAGAGUAUUUCUCAGGAUGGAACGUGUUUUACAAUUUUGUGACACCCUGUAGACACCAUAAUUCUUUGAAACUCAAUCGACACUGCAUAACGUAUGAAAUAACACAACAACCACUUUAGUGUGCAUCAUUUUUUGUGAUCACGCUUGAUCACUUUUGUAUAUAAUAGAUUUUUUUGUUAAUUUAAUUUGGUGCGAUUAAAAAUGUGUUUUGUACUAAUUUUUUGAUGAAAUAAAUAACGUUUUCAUA